AUGGAUGAUGAAGUUGUUCAGCGAGUUUUCCAUGAAGGAGGACGCGAUUACUUCCAGCAACAGCCUUCAACUUCUUCCUCUUCCAUCCUUCAAUCUCUCCCUCUCCAUGUGUCUUUUGAUCAUGGAUAUUAUUUGUUGGUAAAAUCUAUCCAAGAACUGCGAGAGAAAAAGGAUGGGCUUGUUACAGUUGGCAUCGGUGGUCCGAGCGGUUCUGGUAAAACAAGCUUAACUGAGAAGGUGUCAUCUGUUAUUGGUUGUACUGUUAUAUCAAUGGAGAAUUAUUGUGAUGGAGUUGAUGAAGGAAAUGUUUUGGAUUCUAUAGAUUUUGUUACCCUUAUCAAGAAUCUCGAGGAUUUGACAAAAGGCAAGGAUACAUUAAUUCCAGAGUUUGAUUAUCAGCAAAAGAGACGCAUAGGCUAUAAAAAAAUAAUGAGUACUUCAUCUGGAGUGGUAAUAGUUGAUGGUACAUAUGCAUUGCACGCAAAACUACGGUCUUUACUGGAUAUUCGAGUUGCAGUGGUUGGUGGUGUUCAUUUUAGCCUACUUUCUAAAGUUCGCUAUGACAUUGGAGAUUCUUGUUCAUUGGAUUACCUUAUAGAUAGCAUUUUUCCAUUAUUUAGGAAGCACAUUGAGCCAGAUCUUCAUCAUGCACAGAUCAGAAUUAACAACAGCUUUGUGUCAUCAUUUAGAGAGGCAAUCUACAAGGUUAAAUGCAGAAGCAAGUCUUCAGAUGGAUAUCCAGGUUCUUCCUCUCAAGGAAAUCAAGCUCAAACAGAUAAUUUUAUUGAAAUGUACCUUAGACCACCUUCGGCGAGUGAAGAAGCAGGGAUAAAUGAUUGGAUUAAAGUGCGGCAGUCUGGAAUUAGGUAUUAUUUAUCCCUUGGUGACCAGAGAAUUGUUGACAAGAAUUUCAUUAUCAGGCCAAAAGCUGAGUUUGAGGUUGGACGAAUGACAUUGGGUGGGUUGCUGGCUCUUGGGUACGUUGUUGUGGUUAGUUAUAAACGCGCAUCCACAACGGUCAAUUAUGGCAAGGUUUCAAUGUCGUUUGAAACCAUUGAUGUUCUUGGGGAGACAUUCUUGGUCACGAGAGGAACCGAUAGGAAGACUGUUGGAACAGAAGCAUUGAAGAUGGGUAUCAAUGGACCUUGGAUUACUAAAUCAUAUCUUGAAAUGAUUCUUGAGAGAAAAGGUGUACCCCGUCUUAGUACGCCACCACUUGUGUCUAAUACAACUGUGACUGGCAGUCAAGAAACAACAAUCGUUGCACCAAAGCCAAUUCGUGUUACCCCUAACCUUGUUACUGGCCUCGAGGAUUUAUCUCAGCCAUGGACCCGAUCCCCAACAAAAUCCCAAAUAGAACCUUUUGUGGCUACAUGGCGUUUCAUAUCUUCAGAUUCCUCCCAUAUUGGCAACACAGUCCUAGAUCCCUCAUCUUUCAGGGACACUGUUAGGCUUGCUCCCAUGCCUGAUUCGUAUGACCUGGACAGGGGAUUGCUUUUGGCAGUACAAGCAAUACAAGCUUUGUUAGAGAAUAAAGGUGUUCCGGUCAUUGUUGGAAUUGGUGGUCCAAGUGGGUGUGGGAAGACAAGUUUGGCUCAUAAAAUGGCAAAUAUCAUUGGUUGUGAAAUAAUUUCCCUAGAAAGCUAUUACAAACAAGUAAAGGACUUUAAAUAUGAUGAUUUCAACUCACUUGAUUUAUCUUUGCUAUCAAAGAAUAUCGAUGACAUAAGAAAUGGACGAAGAACAAAAGUACCUAUAUUUGACUUAGAAAGUGGUGCUCGGAGUGGCUUCAAGGAACUGGAAGUUUCUGAAGAUUGUGGAGUGAUUAUAUUUGAAGGCGUCUAUGCGUUGCAUCCGGAUAUCCGAAUGUCACUUGACUUGUGGAUUGCUGUUGUAGGAGGCGUUCAUUCGCAUUUGAUUUCACGAGUUCAAAGGGAUAAGAGUAGAGUGGGAUGUUUUAUUUCCCAAAAUGAGAUCAUGAUGACAGUGUUUCCUAUGUUCCAACAACUUAUUGAACCCCAUCUUGUUCAUGCACAUCUGAAAAUUCGAAACGACUUUGACCCUGUGCUUUCUCCCGAGAGUUCACUGUUUGUAUUGAAGAGUAACAGAAAAGUGGCUUAUCAAGACAUUCUAUCCAUUCUUGAUCCAGCAAAAUUUUGCAGUUCAGUGCAGAAAUUUAUCGAUAUUUACAUGAGGCUUCCUGGGAUCCCUUCUAAUGGUCAACUGACAGAUAGUGAUUGUAUUCGGGUUAGAAUAUGUGAAGGCAGAUUUGCAUUACUGAUACGUGAGCCUAUCAGAGAAGGAAACUUCAUCAUUCAGCCUAAAGUGGAUUUUGAUAUUAGCAUUACUACGGUUGCCGGUCUUCUAAACCUUGGGUAUCAAGCAGUUGCUUAUAUUGAAGCGUCUGCAUUCAUCUACCAGGAUGGAAAGAUUCUAAUUGAGGUUGAUCAUCUACAAGAUGUCCCUGGUCCAUAUAUUCAGAUAAAGGGUGUUUCUAAGGAUGCUGUGGCAGCAGCAGGUUCAAUGCUUAAAUUGGAUGGUUCAUAUACUACUAAGAGUUACCUUGAAAUAGUUUUGGAAAGACUACCAACAAUGGAGAGAAAUUCUGGUGGGAUAAACUUUCAGCAAUCAACAAGGCUGCUAGAGAUUAUGGACUUUAUUCAAUCUCAGGGAUGUAGCUCUUCCUCAGAAUCCUCAUCAAGCAGAGUCUCUCCGAUUGAAGGCAUUAUUGAAGAGAUGCAAUCAAAGAUUAGAAGGCUUGAAAGGUGGCUUGCGAUAAAUACGGUUCUGUGGACAUUUCUAAUGUCAGCCAUUGUUGGUUAUUCACUUUAUCAAAGAAGGCGUCAAUGA